CUCAUCGAAGAGACUUGAAUGAUCAAUGAACUAGAGAAUCUUAAAACAAUUGCAACUUCAAGCUGUUGUCUGUCGUUUGAUGAGAGUAAGGCGGUUGUUUCAUAUGGGUACAUCAAAAUCAGUUGAUAAAAGAAAAUAAAAAAGAAUUGCCUGAGUCAACAAUCUCAGCUUCAAGCCAGACAAGCGGCCAAUUUUAGACUGCAGUGAGCGAAUAUCAAACUAGACCUGCGUUUAUCAUGGGGAGCCGCCUAUUCUUGGCCUGUUUAUUAAUUGAUUGCGUCGUGUCGAAGAAAAUUCACUUUGGUGUCAUAUUACCAACGUCAAGACCUGGAUUUUACGAGCUUGGUAAGGCGUUGGAACUAGCUGUUCAGCCUGCCAUUCAAGAUAUUUACGAUUUCAACAGGUUAUCACGUGAUUGGAACAUAACUUAUUCAGUCGAAGACAGUGGAUGUCACAAGCUGAAGGCAGUGGGUAAAACUUAUGAACUUCGCAAUGCCGAUGUCUUCAUCGGGCCUGCGUGCGGUGAUGAGUGUUUGUCAGCGGGUUUACUGACUACAUAUUGGAAUAAGCCAAUGAUCUCAUAUUCGUGUUCCCCAACGGAACUCAGUAAUCGCUAUUUUUACUCCACAUUCGCGCGGACACAGCCCUUCAGUAGGACAUACCUCCUGGAAACCCCAAGGUUUCUUUACGAAGCAGUAAAAUUCUUCAGUUGGACACGCACCGCCAUAAUUUCCACCGAGGACCCGACUUGGGCGCCAAUAGCCAUCGCCUUGUCGGAGUAUUUGUCCCAAAGGAAUGUCACAAUACCUUUCAGUAGAUCUUACAUGCUCAGUAAGACAUUUUCGUACAAGGAAUUUCUGAAGCCAGUCAAAGAAGUCGCACGAAUAAUCUUCCUCCUUUCCUUCAAUAACGAGGUCGCCAGGCUUCUCGAGACCGCCAAUGAGCUGGGAAUGAUGAAUGGCGAGUAUGCCUUCGUCACGCUUGAUUUCACCAUCGACAGUCAUUGGAUCUAUGAGUCUUGGGCUGGUGGGAGGAGCAAAGAAGAGUUCACCGCACUGUUUGAUGGUAUUGUAAAUCUGUCGGUGAAGGGGCCGCAUGGUGAUCGUUAUGACAAGUUUGUAAAGGAGUUCAGAGAGAAGCUUAAGGCCAAUAAUGUAUCUGAAAUAGCAGUUACAUAUUCAUUCUCUGCAUAUCUUCACGAUGCAAUACAAGUUUACGCCAUUGGUCUAAACCGAUCGCUGAGUUACGGAGGGAAUAUCUCUGACGGGCUGUCAAUCAUAGGAAACGUAACCAACAGUGAUGUACUAUUCAAAGGUGUGUCGGGAGAUGUUUCCAUCAAUGCCCAAGGUAACCGUGUACCAGUGUUCGUUUUCAGCAACAGGCAAAAUGGAAUCGCUGUUCCUAUCGUGGAGAUUGAAGAAACGAACCCAGGCAACCAAAAUAUAACAUCUUUCAACGUGACGACAAUUUGGCCGGGCGGAACAACCGUUGUACCACGUGAUGCACCCGUUUGUGGAUUCCGAGGAGAAGAGUGCGUGUCAUCUCCAGAGGAAAAAGAAGAAUCAUUCAACUAUCUUUGGCUUUUGACCCUGAUUCUGGUGGUGCUGGUCAUAGUUCUUCUCUUUGGCUUCCUGUACUACAAGAAAAAAGUUUACGAAAGGGAUCUCAUGAAUACUUCGUGGAUUAUUGAUUACAAAGACAUCGUGUUAUGUAAUCCGGGAAGCCGAAUGUCCAGCAAAAUAAGAGCAGGCCCUGCUGCCACUGGCUCGAUCAUUAGUAACGUGGGAGGUGAAUAUAGCUUUAGCCUCGCAAAUGUUGGCCGAUACAAGGCCGAGUUGGUGGCUUUGAAGCGAAUAAGGAAAAACAACAUAGAACUGAAACGAGAAGUUUUCGUAGAAAUGAAGCAGGUCCGCGAUCUUAUGCACGAAAACAUCAAUCAGUAUAUUGGAAUGUGUGUUGAAUCUCCAAAUGUAUGUAUUGUGUCUAUGUUCUGCAGCAGAGGAAGUCUUCAGGAUCUUUUGGCAAACGAUGAUAUCAAGAUCGAUUGGCUAUUCAGGAUGUCAUUUGCUUAUGAUAUAGCAAAGGGAAUGAUCGCGCUGCAUAACAGCCCAAUCCACGCUCAUGGAAGCCUCAAGUCAUCCAAAUGUUUGAUUGACGGUCGCUGGGUCUGUAAAGUUUCCGAUUAUGGUUUGGAUACAGUCAAAGCCAAUCAGACAGAAGAAGAUUUAGGAGAACAUGCCAAGUACAGAGAUCUUUAUUGGACUGCUCCGGAAUUGCUACAUACUAUGGAUGGCAUUAAAAGUCAAUUUACAAAGACUCAAAAUGGCGAUGUAUACAGUUAUGGAAUCAUUCUUCACGAAAUUCUUUCUCGGGACGAGCCUUAUUUCCAAAUGGAACCAAAAGAUGUCUUAGUUAAGCUACGAGAGACUCUUUCUCCACCGUUUAGACCUGAAAUACCAAAGGAUUUGGAAGAAUGUGAUAAAAGAUAUAUCCAGCUUAUGAAGCAGUGUUGGGACAACGAGCCAGCAGUCAGACCAAAUUUCACUGACAUAAAACUCCAACUAAGGAUCAUGAAUGGAAGAAAAAACACAGACAUUGUUGAUAGCAUGCUACAGAUGAUGGAGAAAUACACAGACCAACUAGAGGAAUUAGUCGACCAAAGAACUCGUCAGUUAGAGAUCGAAAAAGCCAAAACAGAAGAGCUUCUUUACAAGAUGUUACCCAAGUCGAUAGCUGACGAACUGAAAACUGGAAAGCCUGUGCAGGCUGAGAGUUUUUCAAGUGUUACAAUUUUCUUCAGUGAUAUAGUUGGGUUCACAAAGGUGGCAUCCGAAAGUACACCUUUCCAGGUAGUGAAUCUUCUGAAUGAGCUCUACACAUGUUUUGACAACGUGAUUGACAGUUACGACGUUUACAAGGUUGAGACUAUUGGUGACGCCUACAUGGUAGUGUCUGGCCUUCCUGUUCGCAAUGGUGAUCGGCAUGCUGGGGAAAUUGCAACCAUGGCACUUAGUUUGUUGAGCUCUGUUAAGGACUUCACUAUCCCUCAUAUGAAAAACAAGAAAGUGCAGCUUCGGAUUGGUAUCCACACAGGUCCGUGUGUAGCUGGAGUUGUGGGCCUCAAAAUGCCUCGCUACUGCUUGUUUGGGGACACUGUAAACUACGCUUCGAGGAUGGAGUCAAGUGGACUUGCACUUCGAAUCCAUGUUAGUCCAGAUUGUAAAGCUGUGCUAGACACUCUCGGAGGAUUCUAUUUAGUAGAAAGAGGCCCGGUCACGCUGAAGGGAAAAGGCACAAUAGUUAGCUUCUUUCUGUGCGGCAAAGAAGGCUUCGACAAGCCUUUACCUAACCUCGCAGAGGCUGCUUCACUUGAAGAACACGAGUUUAAAUGAUACUCCUUACAACCUGAAUGGGGAAAUGGAGUGUACGUGUUAGUAGAGACGUCAUGCACUAAGUGUAUAAAAUGUAAUCCAAGUUACAUAUUUGAUACAAGAGCAGAGGUGUGCGUUGAACAACAGUAGCAGUUGUGAAAUGUGAAUAAUGAGCCAUAGGGUAUAAUUAUCAAACAAGCCUAAAAAAAGAUGUCUCUCUUGACUCGCGUGGUUGGCGAAUGUUUGGUUGCCCGAUGAAAGUAAAAGCGGCAAAGCGAAGACGAGCAGCAGACAUCCAAUUUUUUUCGUUCCAGACCUCUUCGUUUUCCUGGUCUCACAGUGUGAAGCUCACUGGACACCGCUUACUACACAGGCUGACCAUUCCUUGGAAAAUUUAACAACCCUCCACCAGAUGAUCGUGAUUGGAAGACCAGCUUAAACUUUGUCGUUUUUUUUCUAUCAAGCGUACACUUACAGUAGCACUACUGUGAACAAGGUCACUGCAAAACUAGCCGAUCACACCGCAGGAUUGGCUAGAUCUCGUUUCAUUUAGUAUGACCUAAUCUUACAUGCACUUCACACUGAUCACACGAUCUACGCAACAGUACGUAUCUUCGCUCUUUAAAGCGUGGCAAGUGAGAGGGUAAAGACAUAACUCUCAACGUUUUUCCUCUGACAAUCACCUGAACAACUUAACUAGGACGAUUAAUCGCCUAGCCUAAUAAUUUCCCUGGAUUUCGUUUCGGGGAUUACCAAAAAAAUUCAUUCCGCCUUCGGCCAAUGAAUGAUAAGUAUGCGUUUCAGAUUUACCAUCUGUUUCUGUGUUAAUAGACGAACAAAGAGGAAGAAAUUUUAUAUUUUUGGGUAUGGCUUACGGCAAUAGAAAAUAAUAUUUCAUUCGAUCUUAAGAAGGUCAUAAAAUGUAAUCGAAAGUAUUUUAAUAACGAGAACUGGAUCAUAUAAAAACCUUUUAUUUAUUACAAAAUACUCUUUAACAACUUUUUGAUUUGGUGAUCAUUGGCCAUUGUUGCAUUAUAUUAAGUAAGGUGGAAAGUUCGAACUGCAAGAUAUAAUCAGAUGCAAUAAAACUCAAGAAACUGAUGACUGAAUUUAAGUUAUAACAUACAGAAAGAUAGCAACAGAGAAAAACGAAAGCUAAGGGAAGGCAUAUAUGGGCUCGAAUUCAAUCGAUCAGUUACAUAAGGAAAAAAAAAAACCAGACUAUGAGGCUAGGGGAAUUAUUGAUAAGUCGAACUUUAGUUUGGCCGCAAUGUGAGUCAUUUUGCAUGUGAUUACGGGAUAUUUCCACAAUUAUCCUAUUCUCUGCAACAUAUCCACAAUUUCCUCUUGCAGUCACGUCGUAAAAUCGCAAUUCAUUUUGCUGACAUGAUAUGAAAAUUGCACUGUAACUUUCGUCGUCACCAAUGACAGGCUUCCUGGCCCUUGCAUGCCAUCAAUCACGUCUUCCGUCCUUUAAAUUCUAAUAAUUCUACGUCAUAAUUUUCUCUUUUAUAUACAAGUAUGCUCUGGUUCAUUCAGGAUUCAAAAAAGGAAAACUAUUCAAGACUUAAAAAAUUCGAUCUUUAACUACUAUU